AAUAUGAGUGCACUUGAAAAUGAUGAUAAAAUAAAGAGCACCGCAGAUCUACAGUUUUUGAAGCUGAAGACUGCGAAGUUGUCUUCAGUUGACCUUUCUAAAAAGGGAUCAAUUGAUGAACCUAUUCGACCUUUGAUACGAAAACUUAACAAUUUGCAGGACUAUUUCUCUCUCAGCUCGUGUAGUGGUCGCGUUAUGAUAGCAAGUAAAGAGCGAAAUAACGAUAAACAGAACAUAUCUUGGCAUGCUAAUUUGCACCACUGUCCUAGUUAUGACGAAUUGAAAAAUAAUUUAAAAGGUCAAAAUACGAUUCUGAAGUAUGAGCCAUUUGUGCUGCACGUUCAGUGUAAAGAUUUCAUGGCAGCAAAACCGCUGCUGAGUCACGCUUUGCAAAGCGGAUUCAGAAAUUCGGGGUUAAUUCCUGCUAAACAAGGAAGGUAUGUUCUCGGAGUUCGAAGUACGCUAACGCUCGAGCUACCGGUUACAAAUGAAAACGGAGAAAUUUUAGUCAGUGAAACAUAUAUUGAGAUUUUGCAGAAAACGAUUGAGUCAAAGUUUGCUCAAAAUGAUAUCUACAUCAAGCGUUUUGAAGAGAGCAUCGACAAAAUGGUCGAAAACAAAAAAGAAAACCGGGAAACGUUAAUUGAUUUGGAAAAUCUCAACACUUCUAGCUCCGGUUAA